GCGGCCCAGCUGCCUGUGGAGGGGUCACAGAUGGAGUCAGUGGAGAAGGCAGCAAAUAGGAGUGAACAGAAGUCAAGAAAGUUUUUGAAAAGCCUCAUCCGGAAACAGCCGCAGGAGCUGCUGCUGGUCAUCGGGACGGGGGUCAGCGCGGCCGUGGCCCCGGGGAUCCCCGCGCUGUGCUCCUGGAGAAGCUGUAUCGAGGCCGUCAUCGAGGCCGCGGAGCAGCUGGAGGUGCUGCACCCGGGGGACGUGGCCGAGUUCCGCAGGAAGGUGACGAAGGACCGGGACCUGCUGGUCGUUGCCCACGACCUGAUCCGGAAGAUGUCCCCUCGCACGGGCGACACCAAGCCCAACUUCUUCCAGGACUGCCUGAUGGAGGUCUUCGACAGCCUGGAGCAGCACAUCCAGAACCCCGUGGUGCUGCAGUCCAUCCUGAGCCUGAUGGACAGGGGCACCAUGGUGCUGACCACCAACUACGACAACCUGCUGGAGCUCUUCGGGCAGCAGCAGAGCAGGCCCAUGGAGUCCCUGGACCUGAAGGACAAGGCAAAGGUCCUCCAGUGGGCGAGAGGCCACGUGAAGUACGGGGUUCUUCACAUCCACGGCUUGUACACGGACCCCUGUGGGGUGGUGCUGGACCCGUCGGGCUACAAGGACGUCACUCAGGACCCAGAAGUGAUGGAAGUCCUGCAGAACUUGUACCGCACCAAGUCCUUCCUGUUCCUGGGCUGCGGGGAGACCCUCCGUGACCAGAUCUUCCAGGCCCUGUUCCUGUACUCGGUGCCGGACAAGGUGGGCCUGGAGCACUACAUGCUGGCGCUCAAGGAGGACCAGGACCACUUCUUCAAGCACCAGGCGGACAUGCUGCUGCACGGCAUCAAAGUGGUGUCCUACGGGGACUGCUUCGCCCACUUCCCGGGCUACGUGCAGGACCUGGCCACCCAGAUCUGCAAGCAGCCAAGUCCAGACGCGGAGCGCGUGGACAGCACCACCUUGCUGGGGAGCGCGUGUCAGGACUGUGCGAAGAGGAAGUUAGAAGAGAACGGCAUCGAAGUGUCCAAAAGACUCCGAGAGCCAGACGCCGAUGAUGCCGGAGGGUCCUGAAAUCUGUAGAACCAGUAAAACCUGCCACUUGAAAACCAGCCUGUCACCACAGUGCCACGCCACACCGUGGAAUGUGCCGGGAGCCCCGCCCAGCCUCCCGCCCACAGCCCCCCGGGUGUGUGCAGUCAGUGGGAGGUGACUGGACACACCCCAGGGACUUGGUAAGGACGCAUGGACAGCUACCUCAGGGGCCAGGCCCAUGGGCAGGGACGUCCCUGGUAUUCCCGACGCCCACCUGACGCACCCUGGCGCCAAGAUGGCGGAGACUGUCCUGGCAGCAGGAGCCGCGGAGGGAAACCAGCAACUGGACACUCCCGGUUUCCCGUGGGAACUGUCACGCGGAACGCGUCCUAAAGGUGGAUCUGUCGUGUUAAAUAAGGAACCGGCAGGCACGCCAGGCACUGGACCCGCCAGUGACAACGAGAAUGUCUUCGUGCUUCUUUGGAAUUGUGUCGUUUUAGUAAUUUCUCCCAAAGGAACGACAGGUCCAACUGCCGCUCAGAAGUGCGAGUGAGCGACGAGCCAGAGGGCUUCCCCGAGCGCAAGGCGUUGCUCAAGUCCCUUGUGGGACAGAUACGGUGGGGACAAGACCUACGCGUGCAGCUUUUAGCUGAGUUCCAGGCUUUCCGAGUCCAUCCUGUGGGCGAGCGCUGACCUUCCUUACCCCGUACAGUUCUCUUCCCAUAGCCGUGUUGAGGGGGUGCAGAGUGAGGCUGGCAAACCUGUGGCGGCCUGCGCACGGACACGUGACUGGGGCCUUCGCCGGGCGCGGCAGAGGCUCACGGCGGUGCUUCCCGGGACCGCAGCACCGUUUGGUGACUUUUCUCGCCAAGUCCUGCAACACUCCCCAUCAGUGGCACUGCCCCUCCCUCAGGCCCAGAAGUUGAGAACGAGAAGCAUGAAGGCUGGGCGAGGGUGUACGGGAGUGAGAAGCCAGGGGCCUGCUGGAGACCACCCCACCACCACCCUUUUUGUUGGAAGCAUGGAAAACAAGUUGUCUUUUGAUGUUACUUUGGCCAUAAAUAAAACUUAGCAUAUGGGCUUGUUUGUUGUC